GGGGGUUUAAACUCCAUAGGUCCGCCCCUCCAUCCUACGUUUGAAUUCUCAGGACCGUUUUUUUUUUUUAACCCAUUUCUCUCUCUAGAAAAGCACACACUCACACAGUCACUGUUCCUUUCUCUCUCUCUCUCUCUCUCUCUAUCUGAACCAAUUCAAUUCAACAUUUCGCAGAUCUUCCCUCUGUUGUUCUGGUAGACUGUAGGUAUACAAACUGUGAUUGCUGCUUGAAUUUGAACAAUUCCGGGAUCUGCUUUGCCGAAUCGAGUUGAUUGGAUCGUUUUCAUUGACUUUUAUGAAGUUACUUCGGGAAGUUCUUGCUACUUUUUUGGGUGACCUAUAAUGCAUUGGGGCAGACACUGUGGGGAGUGCUAUCGACGAGUAGGAAUUGGGGUAUGCAGAUUUGCAUCCUUGUCAAUUAAGUAUGCAAAGUGACAGGGCGAGCACCGCCCCUUCAGAUGGUGGGAGUGAUAAUCUACCAAGAAUUCGACCUCCUCAUGGGAGAACCAGUGGCCCUACGAGGCGUUCCACUAGGGGACAGUGGACUCCUGAAGAGGAUGAAAUUUUGCGGCAAGCUGUGCAACGGUUUAAAGGGAAAAACUGGAAAAAAAUAGCCGAAUGUUUCAAGGAUCGGACGGAUGUGCAGUGUUUGCACAGGUGGCAAAAGGUUCUCAAUCCAGAACUUGUAAAAGGUCCAUGGUCAAAGGAAGAGGAUGAAAUAAUCAUAGAACUAGUGAACAAAUAUGGUCCAAAAAAGUGGUCCACUAUUGCUCAGCAUUUGCCUGGACGGAUAGGAAAACAAUGCCGGGAAAGAUGGCACAACCAUCUUAACCCAAACAUUAACAAAGAAGCUUGGACACAAGAAGAGGAGCUGGCUCUAAUUCGUGCUCAUCAAAUUUAUGGUAACAAGUGGGCCGAGUUGACAAAGUUCUUGCCUGGAAGGACAGAUAAUGCAAUUAAAAACCACUGGAACAGUUCUGUGAAAAAGAAACUGGACACCUAUCUGGCCUCAGGGUUGCUUGCACAGUUUGAAGGCCUACCUGGUGCUGUAAAUCCUAAUCAAUCUCUUGCUACUGCUUCGCAGCAGAGCAGUGCAGAUGAUAGUGUACCCAGAGAUGUUGCAGAAGUGGAGGAUGUUUCACAGUGUAGUCAAGGUUCUACUGCUGUUGGAUGUUCUAGUUCUGCAAAUGAUAUUGCCAGCAGAAACGUGUAUGCUCGAGAAGACGGCCUUGAACGCAACUUUUCAAAUGACUGGGAAACUUCCAUGGGAAAAGAAUGGCAGAUUAAUCAGAAUGAGUUGCAAGACAUGUCUUCAAUAAAUUUGGGGCACGAAGCAUCCGCACAGUUCAUGCUUUCUUCUUCUGGACAAUUUAUGCAUUCUUUUGCUGGUUUUGAAAGUCAUAACAUGGCUAACUUUCCGCUCCAGAAUGGUGUUGAUUUAGGUACUUCAACAUCCAUGUUACACAUGCUCAUGGGGCCAGAUAGGCCAGAUCAAUUUUUUACUGCGGAUGCUGAAUGCAACAACAGGAUGGAAGCCCCUGAUGGUUCUUUGGUGCCUGUUAAUUACUCAAAUGACGAAGCAACAGAUUCAUACAUGCAUCAAACAUCAAGCUAUCAUGAUCCUUUAGCUGGAAAUUAUCAUUCACAAUCUUGCCAUCCUGACAUGAUGGGAGCUCCACUUACGGAUGGGUUUUCUGUUCCUUCGCAAAUCCUUUCAGAUGAUGGAUCACUCAUGUUCAGCAUUGAUCCGGAUCUCUUCAAUGAUUCUGCUAUUGACAACUUAGAGAGGGAGGAAAUGCCAAGUAGAUAUGACGGUUUUAUCUAUAGUAAUGAAUCUGGUAGUUCGCUUAACAAUCAGACUGGUGAGAUGAGUACUCAAGAGCAACUGCCUGAGGGCAGUGGUUGCUCUAAACUAGUUCCUGUAAAUGAUUUUGGUUUACCACAAUCUAAAGACAGUAAAGAUUGUCUACCAGUGCAAGAGUACCCGGCCACUUCUGAUGAACAGAAGGAUGUGGGAGCUUUAUUCUACGAGCCCCCUCGUUUUCCAAGCUUGGAUAUUCCAUUCUUCAGUUGUGAUCUUAUACAAUCUGGCAGUGAUGUGCAACAGGAGUAUAGCCCUCUUGGUAUACGUCAGCUCAUGAUGUCCUCUAUGAAUAAUGUCACACCAUUUAGGUUGUGGGAUUCACCAUCAAGGGAUGAUAGCCCAGAUGCUGUUCUGAAAAGUGCUGCAAAAACAUUUACUGGUACACCAUCUAUUUUGAAGAAGCGACACCGUGAUUUAGUCUCACCUUUGCCAGAAAAGAGGUGUGAGAAGAAGCAGGAAAAUGAUAUGAAUCAGGAGUUCUCUACAUUGGCCAAAGACUUUUCUCGAUUAGAGGUUAUAUUCAAUGACAUUCAAAAUGAAAAACCACUGGUGCUAUCUCCUCAAACAAACCAUCAAAGCAACUUUGAAGUGUCAACUGAAGAAGACAAAGAAAAUGUAGCUCCUGCUUCCAAAGAUGGAGACAAGUACCGCAAAAAGGGUGAUGCAUUGUCAGAUAGAGGAAUCCCCGAGAAAGAUGUAAAUGCUAGUGUUCAUGAAGAGAGGAAAAGCCAGCAGAUGGGAAAUAUGGAUAGUAAAAAUCAAACAAAAUCCAUUGCAGCUCCUGAAAAUGUGACUUCUCCUACGUUUACAAACCAAUCUUCUGGUGUCCUCAUUGAGCAUGACAUAAAUGAUAGGCAAUUCUCUUCCCCUGAUCAACAUGGAAAGAGUGAGAAAGGCACUAAUGUUACUAAAGCUUUUGGAAACUCUUGCUUUGGAAGAAUGGAAGUUGGACUGCAAAAAGGAGCAGCUUCAUCUGGAACUCCAUGUUUAUCCAUUGUUUGUUCACCUAGAAUAUCUAUGAAGAAGGAAAAUUGUAAUAUGUUUGCCUCUGCAUCCAAUCAACUGGCUACCUCGUCAACCCCCCUGGGGAAGAAGGUUGAAACUCCAAGGAGCAGUUCCUGUGUUGAACACUUCAACAUAUUUGGAGAUACGCCUUUUAAAAGAAGUUUCGAAUCUCCUUCUGCUUGGAAGUCCCCUUGGUUUUUCAACACUUUUCUACCAGGCCCCAGAGUUGAUACUGACAUCACGAUUGAGGACUUUUUACUAACGAGCCCCGGGGACCGCAGUUAUGAUGCUCUUGGACUGAUGAAACAGUUGAGUGAGCAGACUGCUUCAGCAUUUGCAGAUGCACAGGAGGUUCUGGGAGAUGAUACUCCUGCAUCUAUACUUGAGAAAAGCAGCAAAAGGCUUAUCCUUGACAAGGAAAACAAUGCCCUUGCUAGAAAUCAGCUGGAGCCGCAGGCUGCAUCAAAUGUCAUGAGGGAGUGCCGAACACUUGACUUUAGUGAAUGUGGAACACCUGAGAAAGGAGCAGAAAGUUCGAAACUGUCUGCUGGUGUUAAUUUCUCUAGUCCAUCUUCCUACCUGUUGAAAAGUUUCAGAUGAUAGUAGAGAAGCAGUGGGCAGGUUUGCUUUCGGCAGAGGCCAUAAUACUUGAAAGAUGUAUACAUUCAUGUAUUUUUAUUUUUUCCCAAUCCAUACUUCCUAGAAGAAUGUUAGUGUAAUACAAGAAACCAACAUGGUUCUCUGUGAAUUAAUCUAUUCAAAUUUGUUCAGCUGCAUACUUGAAUUUCAGUGAACAGUUCUUGCAAUUGUAUAAUAGGAAACAAAAUUCCAUCUACUUUGCUAGAGGGCUUGUCGCCGUGCAUUUAUUGUAGUGAACGAAGAUCAUAUUUUGAGGGUAAAACUUCAAACAUUAAAAAAACAUGUACUACCU